AACAAAAGAAUGAAAAUAAGAGAUAAAAACCAAAUACAGAAGUGCUAUUUAAAUAUCUUCAGUGGAUUUUUCUAGGCUCUGGGUCUCAUGCUUUUGACAUUUGCCUUGUGGCUUUUAUUUGACAGAAACAAUUUCUUCAGUGUUUUACCAGCAACAUAUCUUUCUUAUAUAAUACUUGGCAUUGGAUCUGUUAUUACUUUUUCAUCAGCUGUGGAAGUCCUUGGAGCUGUGGAAAUCAAAUGUCUGCUAGUUACAGUAAUAUAUGAUUUUCAAAUCCUAGUGUUUGUAAUGCAGAUGACAACAUUGCUGCUGUUUAUUAUGAAAAAAGAAGAGGUCCACAAUCAAUGAAACAACAGAAUUGAUGAUUUUAUUUCUGAAUACAGGAAUGAGAGUCUGACUGAACAGGAAUCUGUGUGGAACAUUCUGAAUGCUAUGCAGCACAAUAUGGAAUGCUGUGGAAUAUACAAUGCUACACAGUGAGAAAGGAAGAAAACAAAGAAAAAUAGUACUCAGUUCCCAUGUUCAUGCACAAAAUACAGUCUGAAGAAAUGGUUUUGUGAUGUUGCAAGGGAUUCAACACAUAGUGUGGGAUAUGAAGAUCAUUUAAAUACAUAGUUUAAACUCAAUGUUUCCCAGAUUUUUUUGAUUGCGCUCACCGGUAAUUGAAAAUUCAGGAAGAAUAAUAUUUGGCCAAAUGAAUCAUUAACUCUCCCGAGCAUUGCUGUGGUUCAAGAAUUCUCUGAUCCAUUCUUAUGA